AUGAAUACCAUGGUUCGAGUUGGAAGGGGUUUCUUGAAGUGGAUCCUUAGCCGGACUGUUUGGAAUGAUUGGUGUAGUUCUUUGAAGGUUGUUGGUGAGGAAAAGUCUAACUUUUUGUUUUGUAUUGCUCUUAUGUGUCAAACCCUAAUCUCUCAGGAGCUGCAGCUUAACAGUGUGUCAGAGAGAUGGCCAAGUCGAAGAAUCACACCGCGCAUAACCAGUCGCACAAGGCUCACAGGAACGGUAUCAAGAAGCCAAGGAAGCACAGACACACUUCCACCAAAGGAAUGGAUCCCAAGUUCUUGAGGAACCAGAGGUAUGCAAGGAAGCACAACAAGGAGAGUGGUGAAUCUGCUACUGAAGAAUAGAUGUUUUCGGGUUUUUGAUUUAUGAUCUCUUUCUGUUUUGAAUUUUGUUAUCAAUUAGAACUGCAAUAUCUCAUGUGAUUGUUGAAUCUAGUUUCAUUCUAUGUGAUGGUUGUCAUUGUGUUUUGAGUAUUCUAUCAAUGAAAUCAUUUCUUGAGUCCAUUGCUUUCAAAGUUCCAUGACAAAAACAUAUCUUGUGUGAC